AUGUCGUCGUCUUUGAGUGGCACUGAGGAAAUGCGCGUGUCAUCGCUCACUCCCCUCAAGUUGGUGGGACUGGUGUGCGUGUUCCUGGCUCUUUGCCUUGACAUUGGGGCGAUUCUGAGUCCGGCGUGGGUCACCGCAGAUGACCAGUACUACCUGUCCAUGUGGACGUCCUGCUGGAAACCCGUCAGCUAUGUGGACUGGUCUUGCACCAGCACGCUCACCACGGACUGGAACAUUGCCACCCUUGCCCUGCUGUUAGGAGGUGCAGCUCUAACCCUGUUCUCCCUCCUCGCUGCCCUGGUCUCUCUGUGCAUCAGCUCCCGGAGUCACUGCUACAAGCCGGUGGCCAUUAUGCUGUUCACUGCAGUGGUUCUUCAGGUGUGCAGCUUGGUUCUAUUCCCAAUCAAAUUCAUCGAAACAGUCAGCUUGAGGGUUUACCAUGAGUUCAACUGGGGCUUCGGUCUGGCUUGGGGGUCGACCAUCUUCUCUUUUGGAGGUGCCAUCCUCUACUGCCUCAAUCCAAAGAAUUAUGAAGACUUUUAUUGA